AUGGCAAACCUAGAUAAAGGUCCUUCACACACAUUAUACAAAGAAUUUAACCCCACAGCUUAUUUCUCUUAUCAACCAGGUCGAAAAUCUUUUCAGCAGGGAUAUCUUGGCAUUACGAACAAUGUAUCAAUCGUUGGUUCUUUACACAUCAGGAACCCUGCGAAUCAACCAUUGUAUGCAAAACGAAUACAAAUUUGUUUCUUAGGAACCGAAUAUAUUCAAUUACAAGAAACGGGACCAAAGGUUUUGACUUAUAGUACAAAUUCAAUCUGUAAGAUCAUUAUUGAAUUAUGGACAAGUCCAAAUGAUGAUUAUUACGAAAUUCAUGAUAUGGAUUUGCCUUUCGAAAUCCCACUUCCUCUCGACCUUCCUUCAAGUUUAACCUUAAAUAAAGAACGAGGGAAAAUUCAAUAUUCACUUCGAGCCAUCAUAUCAAAGAAACCAAGUAUCAAACAUUUUCGAGGCUCAACGAAGAUCAUACAAUGCGCUUACACCGUCGAUCGUUACACUUUACCCCCUUUGCCUUUACCGGUACCUAAACAAUGGACAAAAGAAAGUCCAAUGAAACGAGGAAUUGGAUAUGAAAUUCUUUUAAAUAACACCGUUUUUGGACCUCGUUAUCCAAUUGUAGUAAGGUUAAAAUUAACGUUUUAUGAUACUCUGGUUUCUUUGGAAGACAUUGUCGUAGGAUUAAAAGAGUAUACUUUUAUUGGUGCUCCAUCUGAUUCGAAAAAUAAGAGUAAAUAUAUAGGAAGAAAAUUUGUGAAAGGGAAACAAAUACCAAUGACAUCAGAAUCACAAUAUAGUCAAUUUAUAACGGAUGUAAAAUUUUCUAUACCGGAAGAUUGUAUUGGGAAACUUUCUUGGUCGACUGAAGGUUUAAACAUCAAAGUUACUCAUAAGGUUAAAAUCAAGGUAAAAUUUGGUUUAUUUAGCAAAUAUAAUAUCAAUCUAGAAGCACCGGUAAAAAUUUUAAAUAUGUUAAGCGUUGAAGAAGAAGCUUAUUUAGCUGCCGAAAUUUUACAUCAACAAGAAAUUUCAAGGUAUUCAGAACCGGAAACUCAAUCCAAUACUAAUAUCCCUCCUCCUACCUAUGAACCAGAUUGGUUUGCAAACCAAACUUCUCUUCCUGAUUAUUCAUCUAUAUAA